AUGUAUAAACUCGCUCUCACCUCGGCGGCCCUCAUCGGUGCCGCCUCAGCCGCCGCCGUCGUGGCUUUUGAUGCCCACGGCGGCAAGAACUGCCACGACAUUCAAGUGCCCGUCACCGUCGACGCCACCCUCAAGCAUUUCGACUACACGCCCACCGACAAGGAGAUUGACACGACCAACUUUUUCCUCGACUUUACGCGCCACGGCGACGACUUUAUGACGCGCAUUGUUACUAGUAACAACACCAAGAUUCACAAAGACUACACCCUCGCCGCCACUGUCUGCCACCCCCCCUCCGGGCCCUCCGACACCCUGCAGAUCCUCACCCACGGCGUCGGCUUCGACCGCAGCUACUGGGACUUCCCCCUCGCCGGCUUCAACUACUCCUACGUCGCCCGCGCCCUCGCCGCCGGCCACUCCACCCUCUCCUGGGACCGCCUCGGCAUCGCCGCCUCCUCCCACGGCGACCCCGUCCAGGAGAUCCAGCUCGCCCUCGAAGUCGAGGCCCUGCACCAGCUCACCCUCCGCGCCGCCGACGCCCGCCUCUGCGGCCUCGAGGGGCACAGGUUCUCCCGGACGGUGCACGUCGGCCACUCGUUCGGGUCCGCCAUGACCUACGCCCUGUCGUCCAGGCACCCCGCCGACGCGGACGCGAUCGUCCUCACGGGCUUCUCGCAGGCGCCCGGGUACAUGGCCCUCUUCGCCCUCGGCGCCGACUUCGCCCCCGUCGCUGCCGUGUCCGAGGACCUCAAGCGCCGGUACGCCACCGGGUACGUCGCGCCGAAGGACUCCAUCGGCGUGCAGAUUGACUUCUUCGCGCCGGGCGACUUCUCCGAGGAGAUGCUGCGCGAGGCCACGGACAAGGGCCAGCCGGCGGCGCUGGGCGAGCUGCUGACCGUCGCCGACGGCGCGGCCGUGCCGAGCGAGUUUGCGGGCAAGGUGCUGAUCAUCACGGGCGAGAUGGACGUGCCGUUUUGCGGCGGCAACUGCAACAAGGUCGUGGGGGGGGACGCGCCGAACAUCCUGGCCAUGUCGAAGCCCAUGUUCAGCAAGGCGGCCGCGUUCAAGACGAGUAUUGUCCCCGGGGCCGGUCAUGGUCUCAACUUUGGCUACUCCCACGUCGAGACGUACAACCGCAUCCUGGACUUCCUCAAGCAGGAGCUGUAA